CGCACGGCUGGGCGGGCCCGGAGCCGGAGGAGGGUCGCGCCGGGCGGAGCGACGGGCCGCCGCUAGUGUCUGCUCUCCGCUCCGGCUCGGAGCUAACUCGCCGCGCUCAGGCCCUGGGCUUCCGUAGCUCUGGCGGAGUCAGCGCGAUGGGCGAGCCGGAAAAGCCGGCGGCGGCCAGGCCGGAGGAGGAUGAGCAGUUGUCUGCAGAUACAAACGAAAACACAGAGAGGUCAAAUGAAGAGCCUCUUCUAAGAAAGAGUUCCCGCCGGUUUGUUAUCUUUCCGAUCCAGUACCCUGAUAUUUGGAAGAUGUAUAAACAAGCACAGGCGUCUUUCUGGACCGCAGAAGAGGUUGACUUGUCAAAGGACCUCCCUCACUGGAACAAGCUUAAGUCAGAUGAGAAGUAUUUUAUCUCCCACAUCUUAGCCUUUUUUGCAGCCAGUGAUGGAAUUGUCAAUGAGAACUUGGUGGAACGGUUCAGUCAAGAGGUGCAGGUUCCAGAGGCUCGCUGUUUCUAUGGCUUUCAAAUUCUCAUCGAGAACGUCCACUCAGAGAUGUACAGUUUACUAAUAGACACUUACAUCCGGGAUCCAAAGAAAAGGGAAUUUUUGUUUAAUGCAAUUGAAACAAUGCCGUAUGUUAAGAAGAAGGCAGACUGGGCUCUGCGCUGGAUAGCCGACAGAAAGUCGACGUUCGGGGAGAGAGUGGUGGCCUUUGCUGCCGUGGAAGGCGUUUUCUUCUCUGGGUCCUUUGCUGCUAUCUUCUGGCUGAAGAAGAGAGGCCUCAUGCCCGGACUCACUUUCUCAAAUGAACUGAUCAGCAGGGAUGAAGGGCUUCACUGUGACUUUGCUUGCCUGAUGUUUCAGUACUUGGUAAAUAAGCCUUCAGAAAAAAGGGUCAGGGAGAUCAUUGUCGAUGCCGUUAAAAUUGAGCAGGAGUUUUUGACAGAAGCCUUGCCUGUUGGCCUUAUUGGAAUGAACUGUGUUCUGAUGAAACAGUAUAUUGAGUUUGUAGCUGACAGAUUACUUGUAGAACUUGGCUUCUCUAAGGUUUUCCAGGCAGAAAACCCCUUUGAUUUUAUGGAAAACAUUUCUUUGGAAGGGAAAACGAAUUUCUUUGAGAAACGAGUUUCUGAGUACCAGCGGUUCGCAGUCAUGGCAGAAACCACAGACAAUGUCUUCACCUUGGAUGCAGACUUUUAAAUCUCUCCCCAUUUAAAAAUACCACAGAAGCCAGAUAUGGUGGCACAUGCCUUUAAUCCCAACACUCAAGGGAGGCCAAGGCAGAUGGAGUUUGGGGACUGUCAGAGCUACGUAUGGAGAUCUGUCUCAGAACCCAAAUCACAGCAGCAAGAGCAAACUAACAAACAAAAGCACGUAGAAACCUGUUGUUGGUAAAAAGCAAUUUAUUUUUCUAUUCUUUUGAGACUUUGAGUAUUUCCUUUAAGGGAAUGAGAGUUUGAAUAGAAGGAAAUCAAGAACUAAAUUAUAAACAGUUGAUUUAUCGAAAUGCACUUCAGUUUAUUUAUACAGUGAGGGGGCGUGACUUUUUCUUUAUUUGUUAACACAUAAGAUGACAUUAAGAGCAUGGAUUGAGGAGUCAUAUAUGAAUUUGACAUCCUGCCCUUACUUUGUGUGACCUUGGCAGCUCAGUCAAUCACUGUAAACUUCAGGGCAAUGAUCUGUAAACUUGUAUGAUAGUAAGUCCCCAGUUCAUGGAGGUCACAGAAGAACAGAUACACAAAGAUAAGUUUCCCCCCACUACCUCGAUGACCAGAUAAUACCAACAAUGCGACUGUGAUUCUAGGUUAGAUGGAGAUUUAGAGUCCAUUAGGGCCUUGUGUUUUAACGAUUGCAGGAAGAAUGUAAGAAUAUGAAACCUUAGAGAAGUCGCGAUUCUCAUCAGCCCCUUUGCUUGUCAUAACUGCUUAGGGCGGAAGGCUUAUGGAGCAGAGUCCAUGCGUUGCCAUGGUUGUGGGCCUUAGAAGAAAAGCGAUUCUCCUUCAGGAAUUAAAAAACCAACUGUUGUAGGUGCAGCCCUGGAAUAUUUACCAGGAUAGAUGGGCACUUCCCAAAGUCAUAUUCUCAGAGCUGGUAGAUCUUGCGAUGUUUUGUGAUAGACUUCAUCUGUAUCUUUAUACUUUAAAUCUCUCUACAAUGUUAUGAAGGGGUGUUCUUUUAGUGGGACUGUGUAUGCUGUGUAGCUAGAUGAUAAGGGAGAUGGAAGGGCCAGGAGCCAGGCCUCCUGGGCAGUGUGCCCUCUUCAUUUUCAGGAUCACCCAGAGGAAGCCUGAGCCCCAUCAAGCCCUGUUCCUACUCAGUGAAGUGCCUGCUGCCCAAACAUGAGUGCCCAAGUCUAGAUCCCCGGCAACUCCAUAGAAACCAUAGCAGCAUAUGCUCAUAUGCCACACACUUGUACGUGCACACACAGAGAGAGUGCACACAUGUGCACACACAGUGCACACACAUGGGGUACAAAGUUCUGGAAACCGAAAUUCAGAGAUUUCUCUUUAUGUAAGUUUUGUUCCAUGUGUUCUAUAACCACUGAUUGAUUAAACUAGGAAUUCUAAAUGAAUGCAAGAGAGGCGGCAUAGUUCCACUGUUAGAGGGACUUUCAGAAAUGAAGUGUUUGGGUUAUAGUCAGAUUGGUUUUCUUUCUGUGUGCUUCCCACUGGUCAUAUGAUGCCCUUCUAAGCCUGACAGCACCUGUUACUAAAACAUGGAGAGAGGGGUAAGGGUCAGAGAGCUGAAAAACAUAGCCCCGAUUCCAGCCACUGUCCUUACACUGUGAGAUUCUGAGGCUGUCUCAUCCUUUAAAUUUCAUCCAUUGUGAUAUGUUUUGCCUGUUCCUUUGUUAAAGUAUCACAUACUACCAUAGCAUUACUACUUAACGGUACUUCAGAGUAUCAAAGAGCUUGGAGUGUUCGGGUAGCGUGUUUUAAAAUACUUACCUUAUAAAGCCAUCUAAAGCUAUAAUCAUCUCAGACCGAAAGAAAACAGUUCAACUGUGUAUCUCCCCGAGGUUUAAGUCCAGAUCUUCUGUGUGAGUCACGCCGGUGCCUUCGUGUGAUGCCUAUUCACAGCAGCAAUAAGCAAAGCUUAUUAUCGAAAAAAAGUCUUAAUAUCGAAAAACUAAAUUUUAAUACAUGAUUAUGUUGCUCCAUUCAGUAUUCUGCACCCAUCAGUCCCCCAACUUGCACAUUUAUUUAUUACGCCUAUUUUGGUUCUUAGAUACGGAAGAAUCAUGAAGUUACAGGAUGUCUUUUCAGUGUCUCAUGGGUCAAGAAAGUUUAACUUUAUGGCUUUCUCUUUUUUCCAGCACAUGUGUUUCAGAGAAAUUCAGUUUAUCAUACAACUGAUCAUAAACAACUUUGUCAUAACAAUAGUUCCACUGCAUGCUUCAGCAUGUAGGCACACGGUGUGGAGAGGCUUUGGAUCAGUUUAUUUCAGUGCUUUCUGCAGGACUGAAUUUCAGUAAUAAACAGUUACUUUGUGAUGUAAUCCACUCCCAGCCAUGCCGUUAUUUGAAGAUGUUACAGUGUUUCAUUUUAAAAUAAUCCAGAUUCUACUUCUGUCACCACUUUAUUGUAUUUUGUUUUCCUUCUUUUAGUUGGAGUGUCAUCAAGCAGUCUGGCCUGGAUUGCACUCUGAGCCUCCUGCUCCAGCCUCCCAAAUAGGCAUUAUAGGCUGUGUGCCACCAUGCCCAGGUACAACUUUAUUUUUUGUGCAUAAAGAAGAUGUGCAUGUUCAAAAAAUAAUUUAAUAUUAAGAUUAUGUAUUUUAUAUUUAAAUAUAUUUAUGUCAUUCUCAUCGAUUCUCCAGAUUUACUUUUUACAGCUAAGCUAAGAGCUCAAUGUCAUGUCAGUGAUAAAGAAACUUUUGGUGGGCUGCACCAAAGCCAAAUUAGCUUUAGGAUCGAGUGUCAUGUUUUGAACUAAUUGAGAGUUGGAAGUCAGCUCAGGCAGAACCUGGGGUGCAGAACUCAGAAGUGAGAUUGUAAUUCUCGUCCCUUCUUUAAAUGAUCUGCUCCUUUGUAAACUGCCCUGGGUCUGCAGGAGAAUCUGAUAUUCCUGAAGGCCUAGUAGGAGAAGUCGCUCUUCAAAUUUGUGACUUAAUUAUGUGAAAGAAAACAUGUAAACCAGGAAGAUAACUUUUUUUUGUAAAGAAAAGUAAGUUCACAAUAUUUUAAACAUGUAUUUAACUAUUUUACAACUUUGCUUUGACUUUUCUAAGUGUCUGAUCAUUUAAACAAAAUCUCAGCAUUUGCCAUGUGUGUAAGAAGCUUUAUGAGACAUGGUGUUCCUAAAUAUAUUUUAUUAAAAUACAUUAUGGUCAAUCAAACCGACCCUGCAUGUAGAGACUCAGGACUUUUUUCCACUAAAAAAGUUACCAGUUUUGUAAAGUUUGUUGAAAUAAACUGUAUCAUUAUAUCA